UUUAUACUUACAAUACUCACCUAGCCGUCAAACAAAUGUCUUCAAUCAAAUUGUCAAUUAAAUAAUGACAGUCAAACUUCAAAGGUGUAAGUUGUAUGGUGUGAAGUCUAUUAACUUAUUAUUGUAAGUUUAAUAUUGUUAUGAUUAAGCUAGUUAGUAAAAUUUAAAUAAACACAAGAUGGAAGAAGACGAUCCUGUUGUACAAGAGAUACCAGUCUAUCUAUCACAAGCAUUAUCGGAGCACCUGUAUAUAUACCAGUACCCCGUGAGACCAGCUAAUAGGGAUUGGAAAGAUGUUAAAGUUACUAAUGCUUCUAUUAAACCAAAAAACCAACUUGUUAGAAUGGAGAUCGGACUAAAUACAUAUAGCGAUAAAUAUUGUGCUUCUAAAGGUGAACAAAUUGCUCUCAAUACAGAUGGGGCUCAGGAAUCAAGAUAUAUUAAAGACAAAGAGCGAGAAAGGAGUCAAUACUUUAGGAAUGGCAUUAUGGAUAAAAUAGUGUAUGAAAGCAGCAAACCUUGUACUGAAACACAGCACUAUGCUGUUGCUUUACUACAAGAUAAGGAAUUACACUGUACACCUAUUAAAGGUAUUUUGCAACUAAGGCCAUCCUAUUCCUAUUUCGACAAACAAGAUAAGAGAAAAGUUGAUAAGAACAAGGAUGAAAACGCUGAUGAUGAGGAGAAAGAACCUGAGGCACAGCAGGUAACAGUGAAAUUUGCGAGAGUGGAAACAGAUGUGGCAAAAAAAGCACGAGAAAAGUCUUUCGAGUCAAUUUCACAGCGUAUCGCAGAUGAGCCCUGGUAUGACGCCCUAUGGAAACAUUCAGAUACAGACCAUGCCGAUCUAGAGCGUAUGAAGUUAUUCAGUUCUACAGUUCAAGAUGGAUCCUCUCUCACUCUUGGACCAGCGGAGUACAUAAGAACAUUAGUUCCUCAGCUCAAUGACGAAGCAGAAAUUGCUCCACCGAAGAAGUUAUCCUUACAGGAUCAGAUAAAAGAAAUACUAAUUAAUGCAAAAUUGAUGACGUUCAACGAGCUGCUGAAACUCGUCCAAACGGAGGACGGGCAAGUGAGCGAGGCGGCGCUGCUGACGGCGCUGGGCGGCGCGGCGUGCUGCGUGCGCGGCCUGUGGGCGCCGCGCUCGCAGGCGCUCUACGUGCGCGCCGCGCCCGCGCCGCCGCGCCUGCUGUGCGCCGCGCGCGACCACGUCCUUUAUCUCUUCACCCAGCACGCAUAUGUGGAUCGGCGUAAAAUAACGGCAGCGGUUCGUUUGCCUCCACAGGAAGUGUUAGAAAUAUUAAAUUCCGUCGCGAAGUUCAACCCGAGGACCGGUUGGGAACUCCUCCUGCCUCCGGACACAGCUUUCGAAACGAAAUAUCCGGAAGUCGUUCAGAGGCAGAACUUAUACUGGGAAGCUCGUCAACGUCAGUUCAACGAGAUGCUGAUCGGUGAAAAUGUACCUAAACGUCAGAGGAAGAAGUCUCAGAGGGACUCAGUGAGUUCGGACACGAUGAUGAGUCCUAAGCCUCGUAAUAAUAGUGUUAGUGAAGAAGACAGUGAUAGGAAACGACAUAAAAACAAAUCGGCCACCGGAAGUGGUAAACGGACUAGAAAUAUCAGCUCCAGUAGUGGUCACGACGCAACGUGAGUGAUCUUUUUAGUUAGGUUAUCAAAUUAUCUGUAAAAUCUUGUAUCUUCCGAUUGCUUUUGCUGCCAUACGAACUGAAUAUUUGUUGUGCAUACUGAAAUAGUGGUUUAACUUUUCAUGGAAAUCUUGGCAUUUCAAUAAAUGUGUAGUACAUUAAGUACAAUACUAUUAUUUUUUACUUUUUUAUGUAUAGCAUGUUAAAAAAAAGAGAGAGAAUGAAAGUAAAAUCUUUAUUUAUAGGGGCCGGUUGGCGUAGUUGGUAGAUACUUGCCUUUCACGCUGAAGAUUGUGGGUUCGAUUCCCACCCAGGACAGACAUUUGUGUGCAUGAACAUGUCUGUUUGUCCUGAGUCUGGGUGUAAUUAUAUAAGUAUGUAUUUACAAAAGAAAAGUAGCAUAUGUAAUAUAUCAGUUGUCUGGUUUCCAUAGUACAAGCUCUGCUUGGUUUGGGAUCAGAUGGCCGUGUCUGUAUAAUGUACCAGGAUAUUAUUAUUAUUAUUUUCGAUUUAAAACAGGUAUUGUAGACACAAAUAUUAUAAAUAUUGUAUGUUUGUAAAAAAAAAGUAAUAAAAAGAAAAACGACAACAAAUAUUUACGUCGUUAAAGAAUGCCGAGUCUUCUUUAGAAUGUCAAAUCAAUUAUAACAGAAAGAGCGAAAUCGAUGUUAAACUAAACAGACAUUAAGCAACUAUUAUAAGCAAGGUAAAAUAACUUUGUAAAUAACAUAAUAAAAUUUAUAGUAAGUAAUUUUGACAAACUUCCUCGCUGUGCGUGAUUGUUUUACGAUUAAUUUAAUCAAUUGAAAUGAACGUUUUUAUUAAACAAACCUCAUCGAAAUAAGACUUACAAAUUAUAACUUUCAAACAUUAUAUAUGAUAAAAGAAAUUUCGGUGUUCGCAUAAAUGUACAACAUAGUUCCUUUAAUGUAAGCAGUUGUUAAAUGCGAGAAUUUUGUAAAAAAAAAUCUUUGUAUGUUCUAUCAUUUAACAUGUGUUGUUAAUUAUAAAUCUCCAAGGAAUUAUCUGAUUUGUAAUUAGAACAUUUAUAGCAUAAUUAUGAAGGGUUUUUCCCGCCUAAAGGUAGGAAUUAUUAUUAUUAAUAAAUUAUAUA